CCCUCUAUCUUUUAACAUCAAAACCAACGACCAAGAAAAGCAAUUCUCCUCUUCUCUUUUUCCUUCCACAUUACAUCAAUAUUUUCUCAGAAAAAGUAGAUAUAUAUAUAUAAGGAAAGAAUUAGAAGACAAGGGAAACCAAUUCUUUUUAGAUCAAAAAUCACACAAAAAAUUUCUCUCUCAUUAUCACAUAUAUUCUCAUUCUUAAGAAAAAAAAUAAAAAAAAUUGAAACAAAAAAUAAAUAAAUUAAAAAUUAAAGUUAUCAUCAAAAUCAAAACUUUUAAAAUGUGUUGAAUUAAUAUCUUAUUGUUAACAUAAUUUGUAUAAAAUCUUGAAAAAAAAGUAAGAGGGCCUAUAUAGAGGAGGAAGAACAUUGCCCUCUUGUUCUAGUACUAUUGCCUCCUCUUGUUUAGAUCUUCUUGAUUUUUCUAAUGUUGGAGUCGUUUAAUAAGAAGAAUCUUGAUUUGGGUAUUUGUUAUUUUUUGUUAUAAUAAAGUUUUUGAUGAGAGCAUUUUAUUAUUGUUGGGUUUUGUUUUCUUGGAUUUUGCCUUUUGAUUCUUGAUUUGAUUGAUCAGUUUAAGGAUCUGCUUUUGGUUUUGAUUGAAUCUGAUAAUAUUUGAUCAGUUUCAGAUUGUUGGUUUGUUGAUUGAGGGUCUUCAUUGUACUUCAUAGUAAAAGGGAAAAUGCAAGUUGAUUGUGGUAAGUUAUUCAUCGGUGGAAUUUCAUGGGACACAGAUGAUGAGCGUCUAAAGGAGUAUUUUAGUAGUUAUGGUGAGGUUGUAGAAGCUGUAAUUAUGAAGGAUAGGACUACUGGCCGUGCUCGUGGUUUCGGUUUUGUGGUCUUUGCUGAUCCUGCUGCUGCUGAGAGGGUAGUUAAGGAGAAACAUAACAUUGAUGGCAGGAUGGUAGAAGCAAAGAGGGCAGUUCCACGGGAUGACCAGAGUACGACAAGUAGAAGCAGUCCUAGUAUUCAUGGUUCUCCUAGUCCUGGUCCAGGACGUACAAGGAAGAUUUUUGUUGGAGGUUUAGCAUCUACUGUUACUGAGGCUGCCUUCAGGCAGUAUUUUGAGCAAUUUGGAACGAUCACAGAUGCAGUAGUUAUGUAUGAUCAUAACACUCAAAGGCCUAGAGGAUUUGGAUUCAUCACUUAUGAUUCAGAGGAUGCCGUGGAUAAAGUCUUGCUCAAGCCUUUCCAUGAGCUGAAUGAUAAAAUGGUUGAGGUCAAACGUGCUGUCCCCAAAGAGUUAUCCCCAGGUCCUAGCCAAAGCCCACUUGGUCGAUACAACUACGGAUUAAAUAGGAUGAAUAACUUCCUUGAUGGCUACGCACAGGGAUACUCUCCAAGUACAGUUGGAGGAUAUGGAGUCGGUAUGGAUAGUAGAUUUAGCCCCAUCGCUGGGGGUAGAAGUGUCUUUGCUCCUUUUAGUUCUGGUUAUGGUAUGGGUCUUAACUUCGAACCAGGCCUGACCCCAGGAUAUGGGGGAAGUGCAAAUGUUAACAGUAAUUUGAGCUAUGGACGGGGUUUGAAUCCAUAUUAUAGUUCAAGCAGACUUGGUGGUGGCAUUGGGUUUGAUGGAGUAAGCGGAGGAAACACUUCUUUCUUAAACUCAGCUAAUCUCAAUUUAUGGGGUGAUGGAGGACUGCACCAUGGGACAAACUCGACAAGAUCUAGCAACUUUGCGGUAUCUGGAAGUGGGAGCAUUGGAGGAGGAAACUUUGGCAACAGUGGAGUUUGGGGUUCAUCAAUUUCCUCUCAAGGGGGAGGAAAUGUUUCUGGCAAAAAUGGAAAUCUUGGUUAUGUGAAUAGUGACGGCAUAUACGGGCUGGCAGGAGGCUAUGGCAGAAAUGGCGCAAAACGUGGAGCCGCUAUGUCAUCAUAUGCUGCAUCUAGAGGCAGUUAUGAUGGAGGGGAUUUAGCUGAUUUCUAUCGUAGUAGUUUGGGAUACGAUGAUCACACUUGGCAUCCUUCGAAUUCUGAGGAGGAAGCAACUGGUUCUCUUGGUUACGGACUAGGCAAUGGACCUUCUGACAUGUCACCUCAAAGUUCUUCAGGUUAUGUCGGUAGUUAUGGAGUUAGCAAAAGGCAACCAAACAGAGGAAUCGAUGGUUAGGAGAAUGUCGCAGACCAAGGCUGUUAUAGUAGGUGAAAUUAUAUUCUCGUCAAAGUUGAAUCAUGAAUUUUGAAUACAGUUAUAUGAAGAUGGAGAAGUUAAAAGAAUUCGACUUCCUUUUGUAAGGCGCUUGGACUGGAGUGCCUGUUUUUUUUGAAGAUCUAGAGAUAGAACUUUGCAGAACACUUCCGUUUUAAAAGGAUAUUUUUUUGAGUUAUGUUUGAGAACUCUCUUUUUUUCCCCCUUCAAGUGAGGUGUAAAAUCAAAUUGCAGCUGCAGCAAUACAUAUAAAGGAAAUAGACAAUUUUUUUGCUCAAAUUUUUUUAUAUUCCAUGUUUUUGCUGUAAAUGCACUGAAUGUUAUGUAAUGGUUUCUCUAUUACAUUUGCCAUGUCUGUAUUAGUUA